AUGUCUGGAGCAAGAACUCGAGCUCAAAAUGCCGCUAACGAUCCUCACAAUCAAUCUCGUACCAUCCAAGACCUCACCGCCCUCGUCCGAGAACAAAAUGAACAAAUCAACCGCCUUGUUAACCUUCAAAACCAAAACCCUCCUCCACCUCCUCCUCCUCCUCCCCAACCUAGAAAUACAGCCCCACAAGCCACCUACGAGCGAUUCUUGAAAAUGCAUCCUACCGAAUUCCACGGCGGCCCAAGUCCAACUGUUGCCGAAGAGUGGAUCAAAUCCCUCGAAGUUAUUUUCGAAUACAUGGUGAUGAACGACAAUGACCGAAACCAUUGCGCACUGUUCUUGUUGAAAAACGAAGCCCCAAAUUGGUGGGAAGGCGCAAAGAGUGGAAUCAAUCUAGCCAAUACCACUUGGGAAGCUUUCAAAGUUCUUUUCUUCGAAAAGUACUUUUCCAAGAAUGUUCGAGCGCAAAAGCAUAAGGAGUUUCUCGAACUCAAGCAAGGAAACCUAACUGUUGCCGAAUUCACACGCCGUUUCGAGCAAGGAAGCCUCUACGCACCUUUCAUAACCAAUGACGACACCGAAAGGAUGAAUCACUACCUCAGAGGCCUCAACCCGAUAAUCAAGCGCGACGUUCGACUAACCUCUGCCUCUACAUUCCACGGAGUAGUGGACAAAGCCUUGGGAUUUUAUUCUUGUGUCUCUUCAAAUAUUGAUCUACCGGAGCAGAAUGAACCUACCAAUGAGGAUAAUAAUCCCACAAAUCAUGGAGAAAUAGCUCGUGGCAUUAUGCCAUCACAAGUGGAAUGUAUCAUUGGAAAUACUUGUCGCGAAACUUCUGGCGAACCCUCCGGAGGAACUUUCGGUGGAAAUUCCACUGACAAAGAUAUGAACAAUGUUCAUCAAUCAUUGGAGGAACAAGCUAUGGAACCAAUCACAUUAGAAGAAAAUUCGAUCAUCCAUACCUACAAGAAUUCGACAACAUUAAAGGUUGCAAAUUGGGUACUUGCUAUGAAAGAAGAACUUCAAGCUCUUCAAAAAAAUCAGACCUGGACACUUGUGCCUCGUCCUCCAGAGACAAAUGUGGUUAGUUCAAAAUGGGUCUAUCGUAUUAAGUACAAAGAGGAUGGCAACAUUGAGCGCUUCAAGGCUCGAUUAGUUGCACGAGGUUUCACCCAAGUUUCUGGCCUUGAUUAUGAUGAGACUUUCAGUCCAGUUGUGAAGUCGGCAACAAUUCGUUUGGUAAUAGCUCUCUUGAUUUCGCUGAAGUGGCAUAUGCGUCAAUUAGACGUUAAGAACGCUUUCCUGCAUGGCCACUUAAUGGAAACUGUUUACAUGGAGCAGCCCCCGGGAUUCAUCAAUCAUAGCUAUCCUGAUCAUGAAUGUCUUCUUAAGAGAUCCUUAUAUGGUCUUAAGCAAGCGCCGCGUACUUGGUUUGAUCGACUCUCCCAAUUUCUCCUUCACCUUGGUUUUUAUUGUAGCAAGGCAGAUUCGUCACUUUUCAUCUACCGCACCAACCCUAUUACUGCCAUUCUCCUUAUUUAUGUCGAUGAUAUUCUCGUUGUUGGUAAUUAUGAUUCUUUUAUUACGAACCUGAUCAAUCCUCACCUCGGUAACGAGUUUGCCAUUAAGGAUCUUGGCUCACUUCGAUAUUUUCUUGGAGUAGAAAUAAAAUAA